CAAGUUCAGUUGCGCCGCAAACGCGUCGCGGAAAUGUUUGGUCGCAUCGAAACCGUCCUUAAAAAAUCACAAUAAUAUAUUUUAAUAUCAAAUUUCUUAAAUCGAACGCGGCGCCGUCCUCUUACAAAAAAAAAUAAAAAACAAACCGCAUCCUUUAUCGCAAAAAACAAAGUUAAGCUCCUUAACCGCGUACAAGGACAUCUCUGAAAGGGAUUUAAAAAAAAAAAUAAUCAAAAUAAAUAUCUAAAUUUUUGUUCUGUUUGGUUGAAAAUAUUUUCCAGCUGGGCGCCAUGAGGGAACCGCUGAUGGUGCUCUUGCUUCUGUGGCUCGGAUUCCGGAUACCGACCAGUUCCGGAUCGGCAGUACUAAUCUCCGACAUGACCAUGACCGUAAUGGUGGAGCUCUCAUCCCGGCAUCCCUUCUGCAAAAUGCACACGGAUCGUGGCGACAUCCAACGCAUGUUGCUUCAAUCGGAUCCGCGUCGCAUCCGCCAGGUGCCCCGGGAAUCGGUGAUGGAACUGGAGGAGGUCUGCCGUCGUCAGGGAUCGUAUGGGCAUGAGUUCCGUGGCGGUCUGGGCUUCAUCUAUCCGGGAACAAAGUGGUGUGGUCCCGGAACAGCAGCCACCAGUUAUGACGACCUGGGUGCCCAUGCUAGGGAGGAUCGAUGUUGCAGGGAGCACGACAUGUGUCCGGAUGUCCUCAAUGUGGGCGAGUGCCGGCGGGGAUUGUGCAACAGGGGAACCUUUACGAGGAGUCACUGCGACUGUGAUGCACGAUUCCGGAGAUGCUUGCAGGCGGCCAACACGGAGACGGCCAAUACUUUAGGCGCCAUCUUCUACAAUGUGGUGCAGGUGACCUGUUUCCAGGAGCGGAGCCCCUGCUCGGCCCAUCAGAGGUUCGAGGACUUCUACUAUCGCACCGAUCACUGUCCGGCCGAGUUCCGGCAGGCGGAUCUCUAUGUACCGCCGCACAGCGACAAUCUGAUAGCCAAAAUCCUGUCCAGCCAUCCGCAGGGUCGUGCCCUGGCCGCCGCCGCUCCUGGUCUGAUACCGGCCAAGACGACUGCCCGCCGGUGGGGCGUUAAGCUGGCCAGUGUCGGACUAGCCGCUGUCAAUAUACUCCGGGAGGUGGUCCAGCGGCCCAGGUUGUUGUGGGAUAGCCUCCAUGCACCGGUUAGCCGGGAACUGCCGCCGGAGCAGGGUUAUCGGUAUGAGCGACCGAGGUCGGGGCCGGCAUCCUACGGAUAUCAGGGCUAUCAGGGUUACGACUAUCGCUGGAGCUAGAGAAGCGGCAGCCGUGAGACGCCACAAGACUGUUAACCCCCAAUGGAUGGAUCGAUUUCUGUCGGGGAUCGAUCCCUCCAUCUGUGUAGUAUUAGUAGUCCAUAGUCCUUAGAUCGUAGUCCUGCAUGUGUGAUGAUUGCCAUAGCUGUUCUGCAUGUUGUUAUGUUUUUUUUAAACUUUAUAAAUCAUAAUUAAUAAUUAUAAAUAAAUCUACCGAGAAAGCUUGAUUUUAAAAA